GCUACAUAUAGAUAUCUAAUCUUAGCUACAUAUGUACACAUCGUCACUAUCAUUAUAUAAUGAUUGACUAUGAGGAAUACAGUAUGACUAGAAGAGACAACCUCUACUACGAAUUUAUCAGCACUAUAUCUGUUCUUCCAACGAUUAAGAUUUAAAAUCAACCAUGGCUGAAAUACCUUCUUUUACAUUUUCCAAUGGGUAUAAAAUGCCAACUUUUGGUCUUGGUACCUAUCAGUCCCGUCCUGGAGAAGUAGAAGCAGCUGUAAUGGAGGCAAUAAACUUAGGAUACCGCCACAUAGACACUGCGUUCUUUUAUCAAAAUGAGAAAGAGAUUGGUCAAGCAGUUCAAACAAAAAUCAAGGAUGGAACUGUGAAAAGAGAGGAUCUCUUCAUUACAACAAAGCUUUGGAAUAACUUUCACAAAGAGUCGAGUGUAGUCCCAGCAUGUAAAAAGUCUUUAGAAAAUCUUGGAUUAAGUUAUGUGGAUCUUUAUUUAGUACACUGGCCAUUUGCCUUCCAGGAAGGAGGUGAUUUAUCACCCAGAAAUGACAAUGGAGAUCUUUUGAUGUCGGAUACUGACUAUCUUGAAACCUGGAAAGGAAUGGAAGAAUGCGCGCGAUUAGGAUUAACUCGCAGUAUUGGAAUUAGCAAUUUUAAUCAAGAGCAAAUCACUCGUCUACUUAGUGUAGCUGAAAUAAAACCUGUAAAUAACCAGGUCGAAGUCAACGUAAAUGUGAAUCAAAAACCAUUAAUAGAAUUUUGCAAAAAACACAAUAUUACGAUAACUGGGUAUUCACCGCUGGGACAACCAGGAAAUAAAGCGGGCAUACCAACUGGCUUGGACAAUCCAGUAGUAAUAGAGCUUUCGAAAAAAUACAAUAAAACACCAGCACAAAUUAUUCUAAGAUACAUAUUACAACAAGGAGUCGCUAUCAUUCCAAAAACAGUAACACCGAGCCGAUUAAAAGAAAAUAUGAAUAUAUUUGACUUUUCUCUAACAAACGAGGAAAUGGUGUCCAUAGAUAAAAUUGGUACAGGUCAACGUGUUGCGCGUUUUGGCGACGCGAGAGGACACAAGUAUUACCCGUUUGACUAAUAUAAGUUUCAUUGCAAAGACGUAAAAUGGCAGGAAACAACUCAUCAAAUUCAGUAUAAAUUAAUAGCAAGGUAUAUCCCCUUUGAACUUACAUAAUCCCACGGUGUAAUUUGGCACUCGGUUGACCCUUAUCUAGUCAAUUAGAUUUAUUGAAUGCCAUGGAAAAUUUCGAUGCUCCAUACCAUCUGACAUCAUACGCCGUAACAAAGGGGGCACCACCACGAACAAGGCUAAUUACUAUAUUCCACCAAUGUUAACUUUAAUUAAAGAACAGCAUAGUAUAUAUUGAGUAUAAAUAAAAUCGCAUUAGAAAAAGAAA